GCAGCGUCGUCCAAUGGGGGCUGGGAGUGGGCGGGGCGGGACGGCGUUCGGGAGAGCAGAGAGGGGAACGCUUGAGGGAGCCGGCCGGACCGCUGUGGGCGCGGGGGCUCGUUCGAGGGCGGCACGAAAAUGCACUCGGAUGCCGCCGCUGUCAAUUUUCAGCUGAACUCCCAUCUAUCAACAUUGGCAAAUAUUCACAAGAUUUACCACACUCUUAAUAGGCUGAAUUUGACAGAAGACGCUGGUCAAGACGAUCGCCAAACAGGAAGUCUCAGGUCUUGCAGUUCUUCAGACUGCUUUAGCAAAGUGAUGCCUCCAAGGAAAAAGAGGCGACCUGCAGCUGGAGAUGACUUAUCAGCUAAAAAGAGUAGACAUGAUGGUAUGUACAGGAAAUAUGAUUCUGCAAGAAUAAAGACAGAAGAUGACAUGUUCUUAAGCAAGAGAUGCUUAGAAUGGUUCUAUGAAUAUGCGGGAACAGAUGAUAUUGUGGGUCCUGAAGGAAUGGAGAAAUUCUGUGAGGAUAUUGGAGUUGAACCAGAAAAUGUAGUUAUGCUUGUGUUAGCUUGGAAGCUGGAUGCUCAGAAUAUGGGUUACUUUACAUUGCAAGAAUGGUUAAAAGGAAUGACAUCUCUGCAAUGUGAUACCACAGAGAAGCUAAGAAAUUCUUUGGAUUACUUGAGAUCCUUAUUAAAUGAGCCUACAAAUUUUAAACUUAUUUACAGAUAUGCUUUUGACUUCGCCCGGGAAAAGGACCAACGAAGCCUAGAUAUAAAUACUGCCAAGUGUAUGUUAGGACUUCUCUUAGGAAAAACGUGGCCUCUUUUCCCAGUUUUUCAUCAGUUUCUAGAGCAGCAAUCUAAGUACAAGGUGAUCAACAAGGACCAAUGGUGUAAUGUUUUGGAGUUCAGCAGAACCAUUAAUCUUGACCUCAGCAAUUAUGAUGAAGAUGGCGCAUGGCCAGUGUUGUUGGAUGAAUUUGUGGAGUGGUACAAAGAAAAACAAAUGACAUAGGAAUUUUAACUAUGCACAGCCGCUCAAGAGUCUUUGUUACUACAGUUAUGUUGACCAUUAGCCAUAAACUGCUAUUUGUAUAAAAGCGCAUGCUGCUUUUCCUGCACUGUAUCCCAUUUUCAGGGACCUUUUGGUGUUUUGCUGUUUAACAGGCCAGCUCUGCUUGCUGUGUAGCAUUGUUCUCUUUGAAGGCUGCUUUGCAUUUUGUAUCUACACUACAGAUGGUGAACUUACCAGCAUCCUCACUGUGAUUAAUGUGUAUAUUGCUGUCUAAACUUUGUAUAUGUGUAUAAAAAAGCUUCACCUAGGAAUUAUUUCAGCAGAAAUGUAUUGUAAAAAAUAAUUUUGUGGCAUAUUUCUAGUUGCAGUCAGUAACCAUGUAAUAACUUAAUUUUUGAUUUUCACACGGUCUCAGACAUAACAUUUCAGGAAGUAAUUGUUGGGAUGGUGACCAUGUAGAGCUAUUGUCAGUUAGCAAUAGCAUUUAAGAUGCCAGUUUUUGAGAAGAGAUCUUUCAUUUUGAUUUCUUCAUAUGCAGAUGCCCAAUGUCGGGUUUGUUUAGUAGGCAAGUAUUGGCUGUUUUUUAAAGCUGAAAACUCAUUAAAAUUGUUACAGCUUCCUUGAACAGAAUUGUACAUGCUACAGUGACUUCCAUUUGAUGAUCAUGCUGACUUCCUAAUACUCUGUAGGUACAGGCGAUCAAAUUAAAACCCAUUAAAAGGGGCUUUAGACUUUUAAAUUGGCAUAUUCCUUUAUUUCGGUUUUGUUUUGUUCCUAAACUGUUUUGGUUGAUGACGGCAACCCCUUGUAAAAUUAAAAAGGCUUAUGAACGGAUUACCUGGUAUUGAAUCUCUUUCUAAAUUAUACCCUGGGGCUUUACAUGUGAAUCCAAAUAAUGCUACUGGCUUCUUAUACACCAGAAAUUGGAUUUCCUUCUAGAUGCCUGUUGCAGGCAAUAGGCAAAGUAAUCACCAGCAUUGUCACUCAAGUGGGACCACUUUUCUUAGCUAUUUGCACAGGAAAGUUUAAGCCAUUCUACCUUGGUGAAACUGGAUAGUUGGGACAAGACAUAUGUCUCAUUGUAUUGUCUUUGCCUCAGCCUUUAUAUAAAUUUCAAUAAUGAUUUAGACAAAAGUCUGCUACAUUGAUAGCAAACAUCAUGGAAAUAUCUACGAAAUGCAGGGGUGUAUGUUUAGUGGACAGUGUCUUAGCUGUAGUGUUUGCAAUAAAAAAAACAUUAACAGGCUUUUUUGUUCUCACAGAAAACUAAAAAUUGGUUAAAUCUUAGUUCUAAAAUCUCACCGUUCAACAGAAAUAGGUGAUCAAUACACAUCCCUUGUUCUACAUUUUUGAGUUACUGAAGUGACUGGCGGGGCAUGUAUAGUGUCAGCCUCUUUAUUAUUGAACACUUCUAAACAAUCAAAGUUUCAUAGAAGAGGGGACUGGGCAUUCAGGAUGCCCAUGUACAAUGUAAUUCUACAUUGAAAAGAGAAGAGAGCUGUGGACGCUUCUCUCAUCAUGAAUAUGCUUCCUCUCACCUUCAGAAGUCGUCUUGGCAGGAUAGUUAUGCAGGCUUGUGCCGGAGUAGUGAGAAUGAAAGAUAAUGGCUAGAGUCCUAUUAAUGUACUACGUUCGCAUAGGCAGUGUUGGUAGGAAGAAUGAAAAGCCACAGGAAUGGUGAUUGUGAAGGCAAUGGAGAAUUUAGGUGCUGGGAGUUAAUAGAUUUUGUCUGCCUUCUCUUUCCUUUGCCAUGUUCUCUUGGGGGGCAGGAUGAAAUCACCAAUAUAGGGCUCCAACUGGAUUCUCUCAGAUGCUCAUAGCUUGCUUCAUCCAAGCUGUGGUAGUUAUAGCUGAGUUCAAAUUUCAGUAGCUAUCUGCAGAAAAUUUCUUGGUAUUUUAUGCAUAAAGAAUUGCAUCUUACUCAUACAAUUCUAUUCUACCUAUUCAGCUUGUUAUGUGCAAGCAAAUAAAAAUAAUAGGUGGUAGUUGCUUGGUAAAUAAAAUGUAACAUUUACCUACAGGUAUGACAUUUCCCCAAGGCAGUUUGCAGUAUCAAAUCAUUUAUUCUUUUUAAGGCCUUCUACAUUAAUUUCAAUAUGUGUAGCCAGAAAUGAAAAGUUGUGAAAGUCCAAAAGGUGGAAAAAACAGGAUUUACUAUAAAUUGUCUUGCUUAAAGGUUAAAAAGUUUCCAAAGCAAUCAGGACUUCAUGAGACUUAAUCUAAAAGUAAAAACAAGCAAGAUCAACAAAAUUGUGACUUGCUAUCUAGUUUUGGGGGCUGAUUUUUAACCUGUUUGGGUGUGAAUAUUAUUUGGGUAUGAAUACUACAGGUAUUUGAAUUUUAUAGUAUUGAAAUAUCUCAUAAACUUGUGAAAUAAAUACACAGUAACAAUUUUCUGACUUUAAAAAUUGAAGCAAAAAUAGGGAAUUAGUUGAAUUCUGGUCAUAGAUAUUACAGGUAAAUCAUGUAUGUGCAUGGUGAGCUGCGGUGGUGCAGUGUGUUAAACCCUUGUGCCAGCUGAACUGCUGACCUGAAGACCUGAAGGUCGGCGGUUUGACUCUGCGUGACAGAGUGAGAUCCCGUCUGUCAGCCCCAGCUUCCCUUGCGGGGACAUGAGAGAAACUUCCCAUAUGAUGGUAACACAUCCGGGCAUCCCCUGGGCAACGUCUUUGUAGAUGGCCAGUUCUCUCAUACCAGAAGCGACUUGCAGUAUAUUCUCAAUUCGCUUCUGACACAAUAAAAAUAUAUGGGCAUCACUUAAAAUUGUUAAAAGGUAGUAAGUUGUGAUAAAAGUCAUCACCUAGAAUUCAGGGUGCAUCUACAAAGUUCUGUCUCUUCCAAUGUCUCAGAACAAAUCCUUGCCUUUUCAUGAAAUGCUUUAUAGGGUUCUGUCAUAUGCAGGAUUUUAUAGCUGGAUCCUCUAGCAGUUCAACAAGAAACGUGUGUAUUUUGCUACUAAUAACCAAGCAGAAAGAACUGAAUUUUGCAGUGAAAUGCAGGCUUUCUAACACUAGUGCAUUUUAGGAUUCAGAAUUGUAUCAGGAUACAAAAUUUGUUAUUAUACACAGGUUUAAGAAUUGUAUAAUUUCUGUGUUCUUUAUACUCUAGAAUUUGGCCCAUAUAUUAUGAAUAGAAUAUUUACCAGAUUUUUACUUUUUUUAUUUGCUCAAAAUGUCAUGUACCCUAAAGGUGUUGGCAUCACUACUCAGUUUUUGGUUGAAGGAAAAUGUGUUUCAUUGGAACAGAUGUGCUCCUCCCUUUUACAUUCAGUAUUUUCUGUGUAAAUGGCAAAUUUUUGUCACACCUAUUCAUGUCUCAUUACAAACGUAAACCUUUGGAUAUUCUUUAAAUAGUGCUUUUCCAGGUGUUUGUACAAUAAAUUGUUUAAUGCAGAAUGUCUGCAUUUUCUCCAAAUGUUGCAGCAAGAUUUGUGUGCAUUAUUUCAAUGUAACAGAAUGGCUAAUGUAAUUAUUUUUCUUCCCGAUGAUCUAGUGUACAAACUAAUUUCUGAGUGGUAAACUGGUCUUUGGGGAAAUCAGACUCUAGAUACUGUCAGAAAGCUUCUUUUAUAAUACCAAAGAUAGAUGGAUGUAUUUUACUGGCAUGCUUGACUUUCAGAAUCAAAAACUGAAUUCUUGGGCAAUACAGUACCACCUAUCAGUAGGGCUUACUUUCUUGCCAAAUAGAUUGAAAUGUUAUGCAGAAGACAGAAACCUGGUCCUUAAUUUGGUGUUGAUUUCUGUAAUGUCAGUCAGUUCUUUUUGUCAUUAAGGGCACCAAAACUAUCCAAUCUAUAUAUUUUAAAAACAGACAAUAGGAGAAAUGCACCCUAAAAUGUGACUAAAUCUUUUUUUAUUCACCCACUCGUUUCUCAAGGAGAUACCUUGCAAGAUUCCUUUUGUUGCAUAGCCAGUUCAUAAUUUUAAGUAACUGUGUGCCUGCAGUUAUUUUCCCCCUUACUUUUGGACUACUUGUCAAGUUUUCAUGGUCCCCCUUUAGAAGUAGUGGAAUAUAAUAGAACCUGUUCCCAGUCAAGAAUAUAGCAGUGUUUAAAUCCUCAGCAGCUGACUUGUAAGGAUUUGCUUUGUGCCUAGACUAAUUACAACUGCAAAAUACCUCUCAGAAGCCAUAGAAUCUGUCCUUCCAUAUAUUGUGUAAAUGCAAAGAACCACCAAAUUACAGUGGUAUUCAAUAAUUUGAGACAGAAGUAUGUUUUUCUAAAUUUAUUAUGUGACACUUUUGGCAGAAAGAGCAGUUCAUUGACAUCAACUGCUUUUUGUCUUAGGGGUUCCCAUAUUGCAAACUUGAGGUCUGCUUUUCAAGUCCUGUGGCUCAAACUGACUGAAGUACUGUUAAUUCCACCUUAUCUGAGUUGGUGCACUGCAGUUUUGUGUAAAACCGAUAUUCCAUAAAUAAAAUAUUUGUGUUUUUUUUUGUUUCAGAAA